AUGCGAGAAGUUGAACUAGGCAAAAUCGCGCCGGGAUACCUUGCCGAUUGCAUCCUAGUUGAUGGAAACCCGCUUGACGACAUUUCGAUCCUACAAGACCACGAAAGUCUGAAUGUUAUUGUUGUCAACAGGAGAGUGUGUAAGAGUUCGUCAGCUGAGUGUUUGAGAUUGGAGCCUUUGAUUGCAGGACAAGGAAUGAUGGAGAAGCCACUGACGAACUAUAUUUCGUACAUCGUAAAUGACGGAACGAAACGCACCCGAAUCGGACAUUUGGAUCCUGAAAAGAGAACUAUUACUCCCCUGGCCUAUGCGUCCGGAACUGCUCUGUCAAACUUGUAUGAAGUCAUUGAGAUCGGCCCCGAGGACAUUAUAGCAGGCGACGAUGCCAUCCCAUUAGACACAGUCAAGAUCCUACCUCCAUUAACAGGCCGAGAUGUCCUAGCUAUUGGGAAGAACUACUUGGAGCAUGCUAAAGAAUUCAACGCAAGUGGCUACGAUGCCAGUGAUAAUGUUGACAUGCCAUCUCACCCAGUGGUUUUCACGAAACGAGCGACUUCCAUCAUUGCUGAUGGCGAGGAAAUACUUCCAUUGCCAGACUUUACUUCAACACUGGAUUAUGAAGGUGAGGUUGGAGUUAUUAUUGGAAAGAGGGGAUAUAGAAUCUCGGAAGAUGAUGCUGGGAACCAUGUGUGGGGGUAUACGAUUAUCAAUGAUGUCACUGCAAGGGAGAAACAAAGAGAUCAUAAGCAAUUUUAUAUCGGAAAGUCGGGAGAUACCUUUUGCCCUAUGGGCCCGAUUGCAGUUCCGGUGAAGGAACUACCGAAGGUUCUGAAAGUCCAGACAAAAGUCAACGGGGAGUUGAGACAGCAGGGCACGACAAACGACUUGAUAUUCUCGGUGAACAAUCUCAUCAAAACGCUUUCGGAGUCUCAGACACUUCAACCAGGAGAUGUUAUCGCAACCGGAACCCCAGCAGGUGUAGGUUUUGGCCUCAAGCCUCCCAAAUUUCUACAACCCGGCGAUGAGGUUGAGAUAUCUGUCACCGGGCUCGGAACCUUGCACAACAAAGUCGCGGAAACGAGCAGUGCGAACCACGUCCAAGCCCGUCUCCCCCAGUUUCCAGUAAUCCCCAUCCACAACCUAAGCAUUACGAACGGAGGACAAGGCCUCACAGGCCUGCCCAACAACAAGCUCCUCUACAUCCAGACCAUCGGCCCAGAAAACGGUAGUCCUAUCGUCUUCAUCCACGGCCUAGGCGGAUCACACACAUACUUUACCCCACUAAUCAAUACCUUGAACCUCCAAUCUACCCAUCACUGCAUCCUGCCCGACCUCGAAGGCCACGGUCUAAGCCCUACAACAGCAUUAUCCAUCCUCUCCAUCCAAUCCUACACCGCAGACCUCCAUGCCCUUUUCCGAACCACCAAAUUCGCCUCCCAAUUACAAGCCGGAGCCACAAUAGUUGCGCAUUCGAUGGGCAGCUUGAUUGCGCAAACCUUUGCAGCACAGAAUCCCUCUCUCGUAAAAUCUCUGAUCUUGAUCGGCCCUCCGCCGAAUCCGCUCCCGGAGGCUGCAGUCAAGGAAUAUCAUGCUCGUGCGAAAGCUGUGCGGGGUGGUGGUAUGAGGGCAGUUGCUGAGACGGUUGCCACGGCUGGAACUUCCCUGAAGACGAAGGAGGGGAAGCCGCUGGCAUAUGCUGCGGUAUUGCAGUCGCUGUUGUCGCAGGAUCCGGAGGGGUAUGCGAAGGGGUGUACGGCGCUCGCCGGGUCUGGAGAUUGGAAAGGGAGGAUUGAGGCGACGAAGGUGGGGUGUAGAACUUUGGUGGUUGCGGGGGAUGAGGACAAGGCUAGUAGUGUUGGGUGGUGCGAGGGAUUGGUGGAGGGGAUGGUAGAUGCGAAGCUAGAGAUAUUGGCAGGUGUAGGGCAUUGGCAUGGGUUUGAGGAUGCUGAGGGGUUGGGGAGGGUUGUUAGGGGCAAUGUUGAAGCCCUGAAGGUGGCGAUGGAGAGGUUUUCAAUGAAGUUCACAUCUCCCAACCUUCUUGCCAAAUUUAGGGACAUGACUUAUUGGGCGGAUAUUGUACUCCUAGGGCGAUUAAAGACGAUAUGUCGACUCCUUGAUCAGUGUCACACGCCCAUCCCAAACCCAUUUUCCCUUGACCCAAGAUUGCUCCAGCUACCGGUGUUGAACGACCGAUAUCAAGCCCCAAGAUUCCCUGACAUGACCCAACUACAGAUACGGAUACAUGUCUGA